GGCCGCAGAUUCACAACGUGGCGAAAGGCUAAAAUCCAUGAGAGCUUUCUUCACUUGCAGCAGCUCCUCGUGGGAUAUAUAUACUCCAGGUGUUGUACCAUAAUCUUCUGAUCUAUCGGGAAAAGCUCCAAUCUGAGUCUUAGCAAUGGCGAAAUUAAUCCAUAGCCUCGUCUCUUUGAUUCUUAUCGGCCUCGUCGCGAUCGCUUCCGCCGCUGUUAUCUUCGAGGAGCGCUUUGAUGGUGCAAUCGUUGUUAGUUUUGCGGUUAGAGCUGACGAUGGAUGGGAGAACAGAUGGGUUAAAUCUGAGUGGAAGAAAGAUGACAACACUGCUGGGGAGUGGAAUCACACUUCGGGAAAUUGGUCUGGUGAUGCUAACGACAAAGGUAUCCAGACCAGUGAGGACUACAGAUUCUACGCCAUUUCAGCUGAGUUCCCAGAAUUCAGCAACAAGGACAAAACCUUAGUCUUCCAAUUCUCAGUCAAGCACGAGCAAAAGCUUGACUGUGGUGGUGGCUACAUGAAGCUGCUCAGUGGUGAUGUUGACCAGAAGAAAUUUGGUGGAGACACCCCAUACAGCAUCAUGUUUGGUCCCGAUAUCUGUGGCUACAGCACGAAGAAAGUGCAUGCUAUCCUUACCUACAACGAAGCCAACCACCUGAUCAAGAAGGAUGUUCCGUGUGAAACUGACCAGCUCACCCAUGUAUACACAUUCAUCCUACGCCCAGAUGCUACUUACAGCAUUCUCAUUGACAAUGUUGAGAAGCAAACUGGUAGCGUGUACUCUGACUGGGAUCUUCUCCCACCCAAGAAGAUCAAGGACCCCAGCGCCAAGAAGCCGGAGGACUGGGACGAGCAAGAGUACAUUUCUGACCCUGAAGACAAGAAACCUGACGGAUACGAUGACAUCCCAAAGGAGAUCCCAGAUACCGAUGCAACGAAGCCUGAGGACUGGGAUGAAGAAGAAGAUGGUGAGUGGACUGCCCCGACCAUUCCCAACCCUGAUUACAUGGGUGAAUGGAAGCCCAAGCAAAUUAAGAACCCCAACUACAAGGGCAAGUGGGAGGCUCCAAUGAUUGACAACCCUGACUUCAAGGAUGACCCAGAGCUCUAUGUCUUCCCCAAGCUGAAGUAUGUUGGAAUCGAAUUAUGGCAGGUGAAAUCAGGAUCAUUGUUCGACAAUGUCUUGAUCUGUGAUGACCCAGACUACGCCAUGAAGCUGGCAGAUGAAACAUGGGGAAAGCUCAAGGAUGCGGAGAAAGCAGCUUUCGAUGAGAUUGAGAAGAAGAAAGAGGAAGAGGAAUCCAAGGACGCUCCUGCGGAAUCUGCUGACUCUGAUGCCGAAGAUGAAGCAGAGGACGAUGAGGGAGAUGAAUCUGAUACUGAAUCUAAGACCGAUGCCAAAUCAGAAGAAGUAAGCGAGGAGACCUCAGAGAAAGACGCCACCGCUCAUGAUGAGCUGUAAGCGAAAGGAGGUUGAAGGUUGAAGGCCAAAGUUUUUGAGUCUCUUUAUGUUUUAUCCUUUCUUCUGAAGUUUUUAGCAGCAUCUAGUUUGUUGGAAUUAGAACAAGUUUUUUUAGCAAGAUUAAAAAAGUGGCUGAUGUGUGGGACUGGUGGAUACGACAAUGGUAUAACGGUUUUUAGACUGAAGAAAGAAAACCAUCAACACAUUUUGCACUUAUAUCUUUUUCUCUGGUAACCAAAGCCAACCAAAAAUUGGAUUGUAGUGUAUAUUAUUUACUUCACUGUUCCACCCUUUGAGAA